CCGCACGAAGCUCAGUUGACUAAGGAACGCCGGAAGGGAAUAUUCAAUCUUAUUCAGAGGAGCGGCCAUGAGAAACCUGGCGGCAGCACUGACAGUAGCGUUAGCGACGCUGACCCUGUCGGCUUCGACUUCGGCUUCGAAUCUGAUCAAUAACGGGUACGAAGAUUUGGUGGUGGCCAUUUCUCCCUCCGUGGAUGAGUCGAACGCAGAGGCCAUCAUCACGUCUAUUAAGAAAACGAUCAGCGAGACUUCCUCCGUGUUGUUUAAAGCUUCCCGCCAAAGAGCCUUCUUCAGAGACGUGAAAAUUCUCCUGCCGAAGACAUGGAUCAACACGCCCUAUGAUGAAGCGGCCCUGAAUGAAAAUUUCGAGGACAGCGAGAUCCGAGUCGACGCGAGGAACGUGGUGUACGGCGACCAACCAUACACCGACCAGCCAGGGGGUUGUGGUGUUCCUGGUCGGUACAUCCACCUCACACCGGAGUACUUGACUGACGACGCCCAGGCAGCUUGGUGGGGGCCCCGUAACAAGACUCUGGUCCACGAAUGGGCCAAGCUGAGAUGGGGAGUGUUCGAUGAGAUCGGUUACCCGCAUGACCCGACCUUCCCUCUCUUCUACUGGAACACACAGAUAACAGUUGACGGGAUAGAGAACGUGGUCAUUCCGAACUACUGCGCCAACCAUGAACUGACGGGAGAGUUGAAGGACAUUGUGAGUCGGGGACAGUGUAGUUUCACGAGCGGAUUCCCCAACGAGAACUGCCGCUUCCUGCCGAGUGCUGAUCAAGAUGCCACGUCGUCUCUUAUGGCCUAUUACUACAUCAACAGCAUCGUAGAAUUCUGCGACACGGCGACCGAUGAACAGUUCUCACAUAACGACUUGGCUCCCAACAGACACAACCUCAUGUGCAACAGCCGCUCGGUCUGGGACGUUAUCAGUCAGCAUUCAGACUUUGCUAACGGAGCGAACCCUCCCAUCGCCGCCCCCACGCCCACGAGGAUCACCGUGCUGCGUCAGGAGGAAGCCAAGUUCUGCCUGGUCCUUGAUUACUCGCUCAGCAUGGACAGUUACCAACGGAUUGAGAAACUGCAGAGGACGGCGCAGAGGUGGAUUUUGCACGAGGUGGCGCAGGGAAGCUUUGUGGGCAUCGUGAAGUUCUGGGGAACAGCCUCAAUGCCCGCCAACCUAACCAAGAUCACAGACCAAGCAUCUCGCCAAAAUCUAGCAAAUCUUAUUGACAAGAAGCUCGGCAGGUCCACCAGCAUCGGCGCCGGACUCUCACUCGCUGUCAAUAAUCACACACACACAAAUAAACAAAACAAACAUACAAAACAAACACAUACAAACACGCGCAUGCACAAACACAAGACAUUCAAACCUUCCUGCUUUCCUUAUUUCAGGGGAACUGCCUCAAUGCCCGCCAACCUAACCAAGAUCACAGACCAAGCAUCUCGCCAAAAUCUAGCAAAUCUUAUUGACAAGAAGCUCGGCAGGUCCACCAGCAUCGGCGCCGGACUCUCACUCGCUGUCAAUAAUGUUUUGGUUGGGCAAAAGAACCCCGUGAUUGUCCUUGUUACGGACGGUAAGGAGAACAAGUCGCCUUACAUAUCUGACGUGAAAGACAAAGUGAUCGAUUCGGGUGCAAGAGUAGUGACUAUUGCUUUCGGAGACCAAGCGGACCCCAACCUGGAGAGUCUGGCUGAGGCGACAGGAGGCAAGACCUUUACUGUCGUCGAUGCUGAUGACGGAGGGAUGCUCGAUGACGCUUUCCUGGGGGCUCUCACGUACCAGCCGGGAGAUAAGCUCACGGAUAUGAAAGUCCAGAUCUACGAGUACGAAUACGAAGGGAAACUAACGCAGCUCAACGAAACCUUCUUCGUGGACGCCUCCGUCGGCCGCGACCUGGAGUUCCGCCUCGACACCAACGACGUCAAUUACGUCACUUCGGCCCCCGUCCUCCUUCGGCCCAACGGCACCGAGGUCGACGCGACGAGCUUCGACAGCGGGAUCAACAUGUGGAUCAUAAGCGUGCCGCUGGCGGAGGAAGGAGAAUGGGCAUGGAUCGCAGGCUUGUCGGGGGGCAGCAACAAAUACGUCCGCGUGGGGGUCACAGCAAAGGCGAGAGACCCGGAGACAAUGCCCAUCUACACUCGAUCCUGGCUGAGUGCCACGGAGGAUGUGGAUGCUACUGCUAACCCCAUCAUUGUUUAUGCCGAAGUGAAGCAAGGCAAUAACCCGGUUGUCGGUGCUCGCGUGAGGGCGUCCAUAACACAACCCUACACAACAGCAGAUGCCGUCGAACUGGACCUCCUGGACAAUGGUCAAGGUGCUGAUACCCAGGCAGGCGAUGGUGUUUAUUCACGAUACCUCACUGUUUACUCAACCACGGGGAGGUAUGCGGUCAAGGCACAGGUGUGGGACGACGGCAGCGCCUUCGUCAACAACGGCUUCACGACUUCACGCAGGAGGCAUCCACGCUCGGUCCCGGCUCUCCCUCUGGACACACCGACUUACUGCUGCGGGAGCGUCGUGCCGGUGAACCCCGAGUUGGCCACGCCCACGGGGAACUUCACCCGAUCAGCCAGUGGCGGCUCCUUCAGGGCGACAGCGGUGCCAUCAGGUGACGUUUUACCGCCGUCGCGCGUGACUGACCUGCAGAGCGAAAUGAGAUCACCCAUUCUCACUCUCACGUGGACUGCUACAGGGGACGACUACGAUUCCGGCAUAGUGUCUGGCUACGAGAUUCGCCUCAGCGCCAACCGAAGCCAGCUCCUCGAGGACACCUUCGACAGCGCCGAGAACGAGACCCUUCUGCUGUCCCUCGAGGAAUCUAUGACCAAGCCGGAGUUGCUCCUCGAAGCCGGAGAGAAGGUGGAGCUUAACUUCACGAUCGGAGAUAAGAUGGAGAUGGAUAAGUUUUAUUUCGUGGCGCUCAGGGCUGUGGACGACGGGGGUAGCAUGAGCCUCGUCUCGAACCUCGCAUCCGCCGUGUCUAGUAGUCUUCCUUCAGAAUCUGAAGGUCUGGAAGGCUGGGCUAUCGCUCUCAUCGUCAUCGGCUGUCUGGUGGCUGUGGCGGCCAUCGUCGGAGGGGUGUUCUAUGCCAAGAAGAAGGAUUUGUUCUAAGGAAUGUGGAUGUUUUUAGGGGGAAGAAAGAAAGGGGUUUGAAAAAUCUCGGUUAAGGAAAUCGGCUGUGAGUCGGUUUCGUUUGGUUGUUGAAUGAUUCAAGACAAUACUGUAUAUGUGUAUCCGCAUUUUAUUCAAGAACAUUGCGUUCCAUAUUUCAAAAUUAUCCAUUUGUAUUUCAAAAAUACCAUCUCAUUGCUCUUUAUGAUAAUAAAAGUUCAUAAAAAUCAAA